AUGCCGCGAAGUUCGAAGCAUAAAUCCAGUAAGCAUAGUUCGAGGGACUACUCUGACUCCGAGAAGGAUUCCGGCGUCAAAGAUCGGAAGAGCAAGGAGGAGAGGGAGAGUUCUGCCAAGGUUGUGAAAGAUUCGAGUUCUGUUGAGAAGCGGAGAUUGGAUUCGAAGGAUGUGCACGGGAACGGUGAGUUUUCUGAUGAGUAUGGUUCUUCCUCGAAGCGGCGCAAGGAGAGUGGAGGAGGAGAUAGGUGGAAUGGUGGUGACGAUGGGUCGAAGAAAUCGAAGGCCAUUGGGGAUUCCAAGAGCAGUAAGAAGAGGGAUGGGAGUGUGGGAGGUCACGGUGAGGGUGAGGAGGUGAAGAGGAGCAGUGGGAAGCAUAAGGAUUCUUCAUCAACUGGUCGGAAGGAGAACUUGGAGAAGGAGAAGGAAAAGGAUAGGAAGUUUAAAGAAGGCAGAAUCGAGGAAUCUGGUGAUGACCAAGAGCAGCGCUUAUCCAAGCAAGUGCUUGAAAAUAAUGAUUCCAAAAAAACAGACGAGUUGCGAAGCCCUGAACAAGAUAUCCAGCUUGAGAGGCGAUUGAGGAAGAAAAGAGAUGGCUAUGGCGAUGGGGAUAAGAUUCAAGAUGAGGUCGGAGAUGGUUAUGACAGACAUCUAUCUUCUAGGGAUGACAUUGCCAAGGAUGGAAAGAAAAAGGAUGAUAGACGAAAUGAUGAAAAAUAUAGAGACAAAUAUAGGGAGGAAAAGGACAAGGAGAACAAACAUCGACAUGACAAGCAACGUGACGAGCGUCCAGCAAAAGACCAUACUACUAGUAGGUCUGAUGAUAAACAUGCAAGGGAAGAAAAGAAUAAUUUAGAAUCACGACCAAAGAGAACCAAGCAUCCAGAGAGCGAUAGGGACCAUUAUCGUGAUCGAGAGGGAGAACGAGAUCGUGAUUUUGAAUAUGUUGUUCGUGAUCGUGAGCGCCGCCAUGAACGUGACCAUGAUUAUGAUUAUGACAGGGAUCAUGAUUAUGACAGAGAUAGAGAUAGAGAAUGGGACUGGGACCGUGAACGAGACAGAGACCGUGAUCGUCAUCGCGACCGUGAUGGGUCACAUGGGGAUGAUAGAAGUGGAAGAGGCAAAGAUGGUGGAACAAAGAAAAGGACGUUGGAUGAUCGUGAUGAUUAUAGUGAUUCUAAAGCUAGAGCAGUUAAAAGCUACUAUCCCGACACAGAGAAGAGGAGUUUGACCAGCAGUAGGGCUGAUUCUGAUAUUGACAGGGGAAGGUCUCUACCUCGACAAGCUCAUGCAGAUUCAACUGGAACUAGCAGUAAACACAAAUCUUCUCCUGCAUCCAAUGCACAUAUUGGAAAAGAUGAAUAUAGAAAUGCAAAUGCUGAUGAUAUGAAGUAUAGAGACACUAUAGAACAGAGAACCAAAUCCUCAAGAGAUGGUUACUCCGGGAUUUCAGAUAGAGGCCCUAAAUACAGACUAAUGGAGAAACCCAUUAAAAUAGAUGAAUGUCCUGCAGGAGACUUGGCAACUGAAAGGUCUUCCAGUGCCAAGGCUUCGCCAAUGGGCUUGAUGGAAAGAUCUCCUCCUUCAACAAGCAUUGAACGCAGAUAUAUGAAUAAAAGUGUUAAGCGGAAUCUUGAAAUUGACGAAAGUGGAAGAAGGAGCAGUACUGAUGCAAGAGAUGUCUCUUCAGAUGAUAGACUUGGCCGUGAGUUGACUCUAGAGAAAUCACUAGACGAGCCCUCUCAAGCAGACAAUACUUUCUAUGGUAGGAAUCAGAACAAUUUACCAGCAGUUCCUCCCCCGCAUGGUUUCAGAUCUGCACUAGACAGACCCUAUAUGAGUUCUUUAGAGGAUGAUGGUAGAGAUAACUCUAAUACACGAUACAGGAGAAGUAAUGAACCUGCCUUUGUAAGAGGGCACGGAGGCAAUUCCUGGAGGGCAGCUCCAAACUGGACAUCACAUGUACCAAAUGGAUUUGUUCCCUUCCCACCUGGACCAGGUCAUGGAGCUUUUCAAACAAUGAUGCCACAGUUUUCAUCUCAACCUCUCUUUGGCGUUAGGGCUCCAUUGGAUGUCAACCAUGCUGGUAUUCCCUACCAUAUUGCUGAUGCUGACAGGUUUCCAGGUCACUUGCGCCCACUUGUGUGGCCAAAUUUGAUGGAUGGUACAGGUCCUGCUCAUCUGCAUGGAUGGGAUAACAACAAUAAUGGGAUUUCCAGAGAUGAUCCUCAUAUGUAUGGUGGUUCUGAUUGGGACAGAAGCAGGCACCCAACAAAUAGCCAUGGAUGGGAGUCUGGUUCAGAGAAUUGGAAAGAACAGAAUAGUGAUUCAAAGAAAGACUUGCCUUCACCAGCCUGCAAAGAUGAAUCAGUUCCUGCCCUUAUUGACAAUGAUGUACCUCACCAGACUACCCGGCCGUCUCAGGAUGAACACAAGCAUGAUGAAUCUCAUGAAAAAUCUCCUGAAACAAAGUUGUCCAGUGUUAGGUCUCCAAGAAAAGUACCUUUGAACUCCUUGACCACAACUGACUCUGAAAAGGUGCCUGAUACUUUGACACCUGAAGACAAUUCUUCUCUUUUUACCCGUUUCUACCUUUCCAAACUUGACAUUUCAGAAGACCUAGUACUGCCAGAGUUGUAUGACCAGUGUGUUUGUGCUCUGAAUGUUGACAAGAAAGUGUCCAAUGAUGUUGUUGCUAGUACGGACCUAUCCUUGAAGAAUGGUUCAAGGGCACAACAGAAAUACGCUGACACUCUUCCAGUAGUUGAUAAUUCUAUCUUCCAGAGAGCCAUGGAUCUAUACAAGAAGCAUAGGGUGAAACUACCUAGUAAGGGGGAUGUAGAUAUAUUUGCGGCAUCCAAGGCCAACCAGGUUCAAAUGGACGAGUCAGUUCCUAUUUUAAGUUUGGAGAAUAGGCAAGUUUCUGUCUCAGCUUCUGAUGCAACAAAAGAUGCGCCAACACCUGUAUUACAACCAAGGGAAGUCGAAACUCUAUCUCCUGCAAAGGUGCAGUUGGAAGAGAUCAAUCAAACUUGCAGUCCAAUGGAGCAAGAUGGUGAUUGUACCCAUACUUCGAUGAAGAUAGACAUGUCUAGUCCAUCAUCUGGUCCCAAGAACCAAGAAGCAGCUGUAGCAGCUUUGCCAAAUGAAGAGGAUAAAGUCACAUUUGAUCAGCUGAAUUCAGGGGAUGCUGAGGACAAACACUCCAUUGCAGCAAAAAGUGAAGCACCGUUGGACCCCACUUUGCAUGAAGAAGAGUGUAAAAGUAUGAAUAUCGAAGCCACAGUUACUGGGUUUUCCCAAUAUCCGGAUGAAAAACCGGGUUUUGGUGACACAAAGGGUAAUCCCUUAGUUUUUGAGGAUGGGUCUCCCAAAGCUUGUGAUGCUUUGAUGCUUGGUUCAAAUGAGUCUGAGUCGCUAAUAAUUAGCCGGAUACAUCAUUCUCCUGAAAGUACACAUUGA